AAUCACAAAUCAAUUGGACUUUAAAGUAUUCAAUUCAGCUCAAGUUUUCAUACCAUAAAAAAAUAAGUAAAAUGGCAUUGAAGUUUAAUAUUGCAUCAAUUGCUGUACUGGUAUUGAUUACAAUUUCUGCCGACCCAGCACAUUGUGGAGGCGGCGGUGAUGGUGGACAUAAAACUGUAAAAAUCGAAGUGCCCUACAAAAUUCAUACAAUUCAUCACCACCACACUGAGAAAUUCCCUGUCUACAAAAAAAUUGAGGUUCCUGUGAUUAAGGAAGUCAAAGUUCCUUAUCCAGUUCAUGUGCCUGUUAAAGUACCAUACCCCGUUGUUGUGAAGCCACAUGUUGUUACAGUUCCAGUUCAUCACUAUCCAGUGCACUCUGAAACUCAUCAACAUCACGAAAGCCAUCAUGAAUCACAUGGUGAAGGUGGUCAUGAAGAAGGUGGACAUGGAGGUCAUGAAGGUGGUUGGUGAAAAUUGUAAAGCUGACACCUAGUAAUAUUAAUUGAAUAUCCUAAGACUAAAAUAAAAAGCUUUAUAAACGAUAA